CAAGGCUGUGUGUGGUAUGUGUAUCCUCGACCGAGCUAUGACUUGCCCCGUCGUCGUCUCUGUCUCUGUCUCUGCCUCUGCCAUUCCAUCUUUGCACUCAGCUUGUGUCGGAGAAGGAGUCUCGUUGUACGCAUUUCACCAGCGCCGACUUCGCAUCUGCGUCCUCCAUCGCCGCUUGUUCUGAUCACAAACACUCGAACUUGUGGGCGCGGAGGAAGGGCGUGGAGCGCAUUCUUUGCCACCACAGCCCUUAGUCAUGGCGCUUCUACGAGCACCCUGCGGCUCCAUGCCCACCAUCACCGCCCCUCCUACCAAUGUUUCCUCUAUUGCCUGCAGCUCCUUCAAUGUGCAAGUUUCAGUGCCUGUCCUUCGGAAAAGGCUCCUCAUUAGCGCUAUGUCGCCCACACUGACGAGUUUGUCUUUACCUGGGGAUGGCGAGGCUAAGUUUGGAUUGUUUUCCACAGUCAACAGCAGUUUUUCUUUGAAGGGGAAACAGGUCGCGAAUGGUAACUUUCUGGUUUCUGCCUCCAGUGAAGCUUUUGUAACGACGGAUGUCAAGUCAUCUGAGCAGGAAGAGUUUGCAAAGGAGUGGGCUCACAAGCCUCGACGGGUCGUUCUUUUCGUUGAGCCUUCUCCAUUCUCCUACAUCUCAGGUUACAAGAAUCGUUACCAAAACUUCAUCCGCUACCUACGACAACUUGGAGAUGAGGUUCUAGUCGUUACUACUCAUCACGGUGUGCCCGACGAGUUUCAUGGUGCAAAGGUUAUCGGCUCCUGGAGUUUUCCAUUGCCUUGGUAUAAGGCUGUUCCUAUGUCCCUUGCAUUAAGCCCACGCAUAUACAACGAGGUGAAGAAUUUCAAGCCUGAUAUAAUUCAUGCAUCAUCUCCCGGAAUAAUGGUUUUUGGAGCUCUCAUUAUAGCCAAGCUUGUCGGGGUGCCAGUUGUAAUGGCUUAUCACACGCAUGUCCCAAUGUAUAUUCCAAAGUACACCUUUAGUUGGCUCGUCAAGCCAAUGUGGCUAGUUAUCAAAUUUUUGCACAGGGCUGCAGAUUUAACGUUGGUCAUGUCCGUUGCACUUGGAAAGGAAUUAAAAGCUGCUGGAGCUUCCACAGCUGAAAGGAUUCGUAUCUGGCGGAGGGGUGUGGAUUCAGAUAGUUUUCAUCCUCGUUUUAAGAGUGCAGAGAUGCGACACAGAAUAACUGAUGGAAAGCCAGAUACUCCAACAAUUGUCCAUGUUGGUCGACUUGGGGUGGAGAAGAAUCUUGAUUUUCUUGUUAAAGUCAUGGAGAGAAUUCCAGAAACAAGAUUGGUCUUUGUGGGCGAUGGACCUUACAAGUCUGACUUGGAGCAAAUGUUCGAAGGAAAAAAUGUUCACUUCACAGGCAUGCUGACAGGCGAGGAGCUUUCACAGGCUUAUGCUAGCGGUGAUAUUUUCAUCACACCAUCUGAGUCUGAAACUCUGGGAUUUGUAGUUUUAGAAGCUAUGGCGUCUGGCAUACCCGUCGUUUGUGCUAGAGCAGGUGGGAUCCCGGACAUUGUAAAUCAGAAUGGUGUGACGGGCUAUCUAUAUACUCCUGGAGACGUGGAAGACUGCGUUGGGAAGUUGAAAGCUCUAAUAGAAUCUCCAGAUUUGCGAGAAAGAAUCGGGCGCGCAGGUCGAGAGGAGGUGGAAAAAUAUGAUUGGUUGGCAAGCACUAGGCAAGUGCGCAAUGAGGAGUACAGUGCUGCCAUAUGGUUCUGGCGAAGAAGGAAGCAACAACUGGCCAACAGAUUUUCAGGGUGGUUUAAGCAAACUCAACCACAGGCAUCCUGAACUGUUGUAAAUUGUAAGGAAACCGUCUGAUUUUCCAGCGACAACUUCCUUCCCUCAUCAACACCAGAAUUUCAGGUGAAGAUUUUAUUAGCACUUUGGAAAGAUGGACAGAUUGCGUUAGUGUGUAAAGUUGGGUGGUAAUGCGAUACUGGUUACUUAAUACAUCAUUUCAAGCUCGUCAUUGUAUAUUUUCAUGUUUCAUAUUCUGGACGAGACCUGGUCGAAUGGUUCAGCGAUGCGUCGAAUCACAACGGAGUGACAAAUCGUAUGAAUAUGGGCUUCGUCUAUGCUAUCCACGCCAGCCAUUCAGAGAUCUUUGCAGGAUGUACCUAGACCAAUAAGGGCGAGAGUCAAUCCCGCAUGGCCUGGCAGGAUAGUGUUCAUAUCUCGUUGCAUGUAAAUCCUUUUUGAAUGCUUUUCA